AUGUUUGCCGCUCGUCAAGCCAUUGGUACUAUUCAGCGCAGGGCCUUCUCGGUCUCUGCCCGCGAUGCCUCCAAGGUCGCCGUCCUCGGUGCCGGUGGUGGUAUUGGCCAGCCUCUGUCGCUUCUCUUGAAGCUCAACCCCAGAGUCACUGAGCUCGCCCUCUACGACGUCCGUGGUGCUCCCGGUGUCGCCGCCGACUGCUCCCACGUCAACACCAAGUCUGUUGUCAAGGGUUACGAGCAGGCCGAUGUCGCCGCCGCCCUCAAGGACUCCGAGAUUGUCCUGAUCCCCGCCGGUGUCCCCCGCAAGCCUGGCAUGACCCGUGAUGAUCUCUUCAACACCAACGCCUCGAUCGUCCGCGACUUGGCCAAGGCUGCUGCUGAGCACUGCCCCAAGGCAAACAUCCUCAUCAUCUCCAACCCCGUCAACUCGACCGUCCCCAUUGCCGCCGAGGUCUUCAAGGCUGCUGGUGUCUACGACCCCAAGCGCAUGUUCGGUGUCACCACCCUUGACGUUGUCCGUGCCUCGCGCUUCAUCUCUCAGCUCAAGAGCACCGACCCCGCCUCGGAGAACAUUGUCGUUGUCGGUGGUCACUCUGGUGCUACCAUCGUCCCUCUCCUCUCCCAGUCUGGCUACAACCUCGAGGGCGAGCAGCUCGACGCCUACGUCAAGCGCGUCCAGUUCGGCGGUGACGAGGUCGUCCAGGCCAAGGGCGGUGCUGGCUCCGCCACUCUCUCCAUGGCCAUGGCCGGUGCCCGUUUCGCCGAGUCUCUCCUCAAGGCCGCUCAGGGCGAGAAGGGUGUCAUUGAGCCCACCUUUGUCGACUCUCCCCUCUACAAGGACCAGGGUGUUGACUUCUUCGCCUCGCAGGUCGAGCUCGGCCCCAACGGUGUUGAGAAGAUCCACCCCGUUGGUCAGAUCACCGACUACGAGCAGAAGCUCCUCGACGCCUGUCUCAAGGACCUUAAGGGUAACAUUGAGAAGGGUGUCAAGUUCGCCAAGGAGAACCCUUAA